AACGGCACGUAUUCUGAUGUUGUUUUGUUGCCAAAAUCGAUAGAUUCUGGUCUCUCACCUAUCGUUAUAGAGUUUCAGCAAAAUGUCAACAAGGAACUCAUAAAACGAGAGGUUGGUUAUUGUCUUCAGACAUACAAAAGAUUUGAAGUUGAACCAAUUCUCUUAGUUAUUUGUAUCAAGUCACUUUGCGAUACAAUAAAAAAGGGUUUGGAAUACUGCGUUGAUUUACCCUGUUAUGCAGCGCCAUGUGACUAUUGUGCAGAUCGUUGCUAUAUUGUUGAUGAAAGUAGCAUCAAAAAUUAUAUUUCCAAUGAAUCAGGUUUGGAUUCAAAUUUGAAUCCAUUCGCUGCUUAUUGCUUAUUUCUUACAACUCAAGCAACAUCAAUAGAUCUAGCUCCAAGAAAAGAAAAUGCAACAAUGGAAAUGCUAUAUCGUAUUUCUCAAAAUGUAUACGCAAAAAUCCUUGAGAAAAAUGCAAGUGUGCUCGAGGAGUUAAAGAACUUGAAUGAUACAUAUUGCAAACAAUAUGAAAAGGUU